AUGCCUAGAUCUUCUCGUACAGGUGAACUGCAAUAUAAUCCUGAGAUAGAGAAGACUGCUCGUGCAUUGAGAAAAGCAACAAGAGAACGAGCAGAGGCAUCCUCCUCAUCUACUGGACAUAAUUCAGUAGUAGAUUUUGUGGAUUCAUUUAGUGAGACGGAAGAGAUAAAUAGCACCAUGGCUAAUGAACGGACAUUGAGAGAAUUGGCUGCACCAGAUUUAAAUCAACAGCCCCUAUGCAUUACUUAUCCUACAUUAGAGGUUGCAUUUGAGUUAAAAUCUGGACUAAUCCAUUUACUUCCUUCUUUUCAUGGCUUACCAGGUGAAGAUCCCCACAAGCAUCUCAAAGAAUUCCAUGUGGUUUGCUCGACAAUGAAACCCCAGGGAGUCACAGAGGAGCAAAUUAAAUUAAGAGCCUUUCCAUUUUCCUUAGCCGAUAAAGCUAAGGAUUGGCUCUAUUAUCUGCCCUCUGGGUCAAUAUCCACAUGGACAGACAUGAAGAAGCAUUUUCUAGAAAAAUUCUUUCCUGCAUCCCGAGCUGCAAGCAUUAGGAAAGACAUCUGUGGAAUUCGACAAUUCAAUGGAGAGACUCUACAUGAAUAUUGGGAAAGAUUCAAGCAACUAUGUGCUAGUUGUCCUCAUCAUCAAAUUCCUGACCAACUCUUCAUCCAGUAUUUUUAUGAGGGUCUGUCCCAAACUGACAGAAGAAUUAUUGAUGCUGCCAGUGGGGGCUCCUUAGUGAAUAAAACACCCACGGAGGCAAGAAGUUUGAUAUCGAGUAUGGCUGCAAAUGCUCAACAAUUUGGAGACAGGCAGGAUAACACAACUCGUAGAGUCAAUGAGGUAAGUAAUUCUUCAAUAGAGCAAAGAUUAGAUUGUCUAACUUCUUUGGUUGAAAAGUUAGCUAUAGGACAAAUGCAGCAAUUGAAAACAUGUGGAAUCUGCUAUGGUUCGAGUCAUCCAACAGAUAUGUGCCCCACACUCCAAGAUGAUUCGACUGAGCAAGCUAAUGCAGUUGGAUUUCCAGGACCACCUCAGAGGCGGUAUGAUCCCUAUGCAAACACCUAUAAUCCAGGAUGGAGGGAUCAUCCUAAUUUUAGUUAUGCAGCAAGGCCACCAGGAUUUCCACAACAGCCACAAUAUCAACCUAGACCUCAACUUUCACAGCAACAAUCUGCUCCUAAAUCAGUCAAUAGAUUGGAGUCCCAAUUAUCUGGAAAGCUACCUUCGCAGACAAUUGUCAACCCCAAGCAAAAUGCCAGUGCCAUCACAUUAAGAAGUGGCAAAGAGUUGCCUGAGCCGAGCAAGAGAAUUUCUGAACAAGCAAUCGAGGAAGAGCUCGAAAAAGAGGGGAAUGUGUCUCAACCUAGGGCCUUGGAACAACCAGAUUUUGGAGAAAAAUCAACACAAGUGGUUACACCUCCGCCUCCAUUUCCUAGUCGACUGGCAAAGUCCAAAAAGCAAGAGCAAGAACAGGAGAUUUUGGACACUUUUCGAAAAGUUGAGGUAAAUAUCCCUCUUUUAGAUGCAAUUAAGCAAAUUCCUAGAUAUGCUAAAUUUUUGAAGGAGUUAUGCACUGGUAAGAAAAAGUUGAAAGGAAACGAGAAAGUGCAUAUGGGAGAAAAUGUCUCGGCAGUUCUGCAGAAAAAAUUGCCUCCUAAAUGCAAGGACCCGGGUAUGUUUACUGUCCCUUGCAAAAUAGGCAAUAUUAAAAUUGAAAAAGCUAUGUUGGAUUUGGGUGCUUCGAUAAAUGUUAUGCCUCGUUCUAUUUAUAAUUUGAUGAACUUUGGGCCUUUAAAAGAGACGGGCGUAAUAAUUCAACUGGCUGAUCGAUCAAAUGCCUAUCCUGAUGGAGUUUUGGAGGAUAUUUUAGUGCAAAUUGAUAAUUUGAUUUUUCCUGCAGAUUUUUAUGUGCUUGAUAUGGAGGAUGAUAAUUCUAAUUCAUCUCCAAUACUGUUAGGGAGACCAUUUUUGAAAACUGCUAGAACAAAAAUUGAUGUUUUCACUGGCACAUUGACUAUGGAAUUUGAUGGUGAUGUUAUUAAAUUUAGUAUUUAUGAUGCCAUGAAAUAUCCUGGUGAAUCUCAUUCAAUUUUUGUUAUAGAUGUAAUUGAUUCUUUGGCGCAGCAAAAUUUUGAAUUUAAUAAUGACGAUGCGUUGAAGUUUGUUUUUCCUUUUGAAUUGCAGGAAGUUAUUUUUGAAUUGAAUUCUCUUUGUCCAGAAUUUUCCAAUGUGUCUUACUUGGAAUUACCUUUGUCUCAUUCACAGCUUUUGCCAUCUAUUGUGCAAGCCCCGAAGGUGGAAUUAAAGCAGUUACCGGAUAAUUUAAAGUAUGCAUUCUUGGGAGAUGGAGAUACACUCCCAGUAAUAAUUUCCAGUAAAUUGACUGCUUUAGAGGAAGAAAAACUAAUUCGGGUGUUGAAGGACCACAAGGAGGCAAUAGGAUGGACAGUGGCUGACAUAAAAGGAUUAAGUCCAGCCACUUGCAUGCAUCGCAUCUUGUUAGAAGAUGGUGCUAAGCCUUCGAGAGAGGCUCAAAGGAGAUUGAACCCACCAAUGAUGGAGGUAGUGAAGAAAGAAGUUUUAAAACUUCUUGACACAGGUAUAAUCUAUCCCAUUUCGGAUAGUAAGUGGGUAAGUCCUGUUCAAGUAGUUCCUAAAAAGACAGGAAUUACUGUUAUUGAAAAUCCUAAAGGUGAGUUAGUGCCCACUCGAGUUCAAAAUGGGUGGAGAGUAGAUAAGGCUAAGGUAGAAAUUAUCAAAUGUUUACCUUACCCCGCAAGUGUGCGGGAAGUUCGCUCUUUUCUUGGCCAUGCAGGUUUUUAUAGGCGUUUCAUCAAAGAUUUUUCAAAGAUAUCCCAUCCUCUAUGCAAAUUACUUCAAAAGGAUGUGGUAUUUCAUUUUGAUGAUAAUUGCAAGAGUGCAUUUGACACGCUCAAGGGAUCAUUGACUUCAGCACCAGUGGUUCGACCACCAAACUGGAGUCUUCCUUUCAAGAUAAUGUGUGAUGCCAGCAAUUUUGCUGUUGGUGCAGUACUCGGCCAGAAAGAGGGCAGAGCUUCUUAUGUCAUUUAUUAUGCCUCGAGGACCUUGGAUGGUGCCCAAUGCAAUUAUUCGACUACGGAAAAGGAGCUUUUAGCUAUUGUUUUUGCUUUAGAAAAAUUCCGUUCUUAUUUACUUGGCACUAAAGUCAUUAUUUAUUCUGACCAUGCAGCUUUGAAAUAUUUGCUCAACAAGAAAGAGGCCAAACCACGACUUAUAAGGUGGAUUCUCCUACUCCAAGAAUUUGAUCUGGAAAUUAAAGACAAAAGGGGUGCUGAAAAUAUGGUUGCUGAUCACCUCAGUCGUUUGAUCAAUAGUGAAGGACCUGCUCCCUUGAAGGAUAAUUUUCCAGAUGAGCAUCUUUUUGUAGUUCAAAAGACAACUCCCUGGUAUGCUGAUUUAGUGAAUUAUCUUGUUACUAGAACGCUACCUAAUGAUUUGUCUAGAGCUCAAAAGGAAAAAAUUAAAAGUGAUGUUAAAUAUUAUGUGUGGGAUGAACCAUACUUGUGGAAAUAUUGUUCUGACCAAAUUAUUCGCAGGUGUGUGUCUGAAGAAGAGGUUCCAUCAAUUUUAUCUUUUUGUCACUCAUAUGCGUGUGGUGGACAUUUUGGCCCUAAGCGAACUGCAAGAAAGGUUUUAGAGUGUGGUUUAUUUUGGCCAACUUUGUUUAGUGAUGCAUACUUAUUUUGUAAAUCAUGUGCAAAUUGUCAAAAGACAGGUAAUUUAAGCCAUAGAGAUCAAAUGCCUCUUACUCCUAUACUGGUUUGUGAAAUUUUCGAUAUAUGGGGUAUAGAUUUUAUGGGUCCAUUUCCUUCCUCUUUUGGUAAUAUGUAUAUAUUACUUGCAGUUGAUUAUGUCUCAAAGUGGAUAGAGGCUAAGGCAACUAGGACUGACAAUGCUAAGGUUGUAGUUGAUUUUAUUAAAUCUCAUAUUUUUGUCAGGUAUGGCACGCCAAGAGCAAUUAUCAGUGACCGAGGGACACACUUCUGCAAUCGAGUAAUGGAAGCAUUGUUGAAGAAAUAUGGCGUCACUCACCGGGUUUCUACGUCCUAUCAUCCGCAGACUAGUGGUCAAGCAGAAAUCUCCAAUAAAGAAAUCAAGUCGAUACUUGAAAAGACGGUGAAUCCCAAUAGAAAGGAUUGGAGUUUGCGCUUAGAUGAUGCACUUUGGGCUUACCGUACAGCUUUUAAGACCCCCAUAGGUAUGUCUCCUUACCGAUUAAUUUUUGGCAAACCUUGUCAUCUACCUGUGGAAUUGGAACAUAGGGCAUAUUGGGCAGUUAAAAAUUACAAUAUGCGGAUGGAUGAAGCUGGAGAACACAGGAAGUUGCAAUUGCAAGAGUUGGAGGAAAUCCGAAAUGAUGCAUAUGAGAGUUCUAGCAUUUACAAGGAAAAGACAAAAGCAUUUCAUGAUAAAACAAUUUCGAGGAAAAUUUUUUGUAUUGGUCAAAAAGUACUUCUUUUUCACUCUAGACUUAAACUUUUUCCUGGUAAAUUGCGUUCUCGUUGGAUUGGACCUUUUAUUGUGACUAAUGUGUUUCCUCAUGGUGCAGUACAAAUUCAAAGUCUUCACACUGACAAGAUUUUUAAGGUUAAUGGUCAUCGUCUCAAACCUUUUUAUGAAGGAUUUGAAGUUAAUAAUGUUGAGGAGGUAGGAUCAAAUAAAGCAGCAGCUGUUGGCCCUCGCCGAGAUCAGCAGCGAACCUUCAACCAUCAGCAGAAUCUCCGAGCAGUCGGUCCUCGUACGGAGCAGAUCCAACAGAUGGAUCGACGUUUGUCCCGCAUGGGUCAGAACCUGGCAGCUUAUUUCGAGCACCUUCGUUUCCAACCUCCUUUUCCACCGGAAACUUAG